AGUUAUUAUCGGCAUUUUUAAACAAUAUGCGUGGUCGUUAUUAAUAUUUCAUAUUUUUAAACAAGACUACAUAGUAUAUAGCGUAUUUCAAAGUUGUGCAAAUGUUUGUUUACAAGCGUUGCUGGCUUUUCCGCGGAGGGAUCUAUACACAGCCGCUGCCUCUGGCGUGGAGCGUAAUUUGAAUCGCUCAUUGCUCUCUUUAUGUUGUCUGUAUUUUUUAGUAACAUGUUUUAGAUCUUAUCGGGAUCUUUAUGUCACAAGAGUCUAUACGUAUGUUUUAAUAUAUAUUUUAACGGGAGGCACGCCCUAUUAUUUAUCUUAAAUAUAUAAGAUGGCUACCGUGAAGAUGAACACUGCUAACACUGAGGCAGACCAGGAGGGGGGAAACUUGUCCCCAUCAGAAGAGGCCUCCUCUUCUGUUUUAAAUGACACCUCAGCCCCCCUGAAUUUCUCCGAGCUCACACCUUUUCAGUUUGGCAUCUCUGUCCGGAGUUUUACUCCAGCACCAUUAUCAAGCCACAAAGAUAAGUCUCGCCUAGCACAAAUAAAGGCAAGGCGGAGGUCCAACAUUGGUGUCCGGGGCUCCCCAGAAACAAACUCCCUCAUCCGCUUCAUAGCACAACAGAGGAUGAAGACUCCACCAACCCCCAAAACUCCAGAGCUUGUCAGAAGUAGCCCCUUCCUUCCCCGGGUCGCCUCCACGCUGAGGCAGAAGAUGGCCUCCUUCCAGAGCCUGAUGGAUGUGGAAGAAAGUGGGGUCUGUGAUCCGAUGCCAAGGCAGGACAGCAACACUGGAGGAUGCAUCAAGACAAGAGAUUAUCUGUCUGAUGGAAACAGCCCUUUCGAAGGGAAAGAGAACCACCCACCAAUGAUUACGCCUGUACCCAGCAAGAGGAGGCGCCUGGGCCCCCCAGAAGGCUGUAAGGUGGAGAUUAGAGAGGCCGACACUCCUAUCCUCCACUUGAGUUUGAAGGAGCAGCAGGAGGAAGAAGAGCCAGUGACGCAGGUUGUAACAGGACCAUUGCCAUCCAGUGAGACUGUGGAAGAGGACCAAGCUGUGCUUAUAUCCCCAACCUUUCACACUGACUUUGAGAUCCAAGCCUCUUCCCCUGCUAAGACCCAACAGGACAGUGUCUUUGAACACCAAAGCCUUGGCCAACCACCACCUGAUGAUCCUGCAGCCGCCUCACCAGCUCAGCCUGCCUCCCCCUUCUGCGUCCCCUCUUUCCCUUCUCUGUUGGAGAUGAAGCCCAUGGGAGAGGAUGACUCCACCGGGACCUCCGCAGUUAAGAAGAAAAGGAGGGUGCACUUUGGAGGUCCACUCUCCCCUGAGUACUUUGAUAAGAACCUGCCUCCCAGUACACCAUUACAAAAGGGGGGCACGCCGGCUCGGGCACCCACACCAGGUGGGAGCUUACUGCCACGCUCAGCGCUGAAGACACCGCAGAGAAGUGAAGCCCAAACACCUCCAGCUCAGCCAGAUCUCAGCAGCCCUGCUGUGUUUGGCGCCUCACCUACACUUGCAAUGUCUCGCAAUCGCAAACUGCAGGCUAUAGGAGGGGACAGUGAAGAGAAUGAUGUUAAGAUUGUUUUUCCUUCACUGGAGGAGAUUGACUCUGGGGUGACAAGAGAUACAGAAUUUACGUGGGACACCCGGCCAUUGAAUUUAAACAUUGCUUUCCAUGAGGAGUCUCUUUCUCAGAUUGUGACAGAGUCUGAGACUGAACCCAGCACAACCUCCCAGAUGGAUGCCCUGGAUGAGCCUACAUCCUUGCCAGAUAAGGAGAUGCAACAUGAAGCAGAUGUGGAAACCUGCGCCAAAUUGAGAAACCGAAGGAAAAAGCAGUCAGAGCCAGAGCAGACAUUUACCAGUGAGACUCCAACUCGUUCCAGCAGUCAUAAGAGAAAGCAGCCAGAGAGCGAACCUGUGAAGAGGUCGACACGCUCUGCUGCCAAGUCGGCCUCUGGGAAGAUGAAGACAACCUCUAUGGCAACACGGCGGUGGAACAGGGAGGUGGACCGCUCCCUGUACGGCUCAAGGGCAUAUGCCUCAAAGAACCCUGCCCUGAGUCCCAUCAGGGAGAGGUUGUCUCUUAUCAACCAGUCUCCAGCAGCACAGCAGAUCCCCUCUACAUGCUGCACAGCCCCAAAUGAUGAGACCCACUUGCACCGUGAGAUGGCUAACGACACUCAAGCGAUCGGUGACCUCACUAUGACAAAUGGCCCGGAAAAUUCUUCCGAAGAUUCCGUCACAUCUCCAAACUCCAGUGAAGAUGGCAUCACAGGGAAGGGCAGGAGGGCUUCAGGCCCCAGGGUCAGGGAGAGAGGACUGAAGAAAAGGAAGGUUAGUGUUCCAGAUGAUAACUGGCUUAGUGAGGAGAAUCUGGACCAGACUGGAGAAAAGACACAGGAAUACUGUGAAGACCAAACCACUACAAACCUUGAGGCAUCAGGGGAAACCCCACUAAACCACACUGUGCUCGAACAAGAAGUCAACACGGGACAUACUGCCCAGACUUCUCCAGAUAUACACUGCACAGACUCAGAUGGAAAAUUAGAAUGUCAUGGUAGUCUGGAGGCACCCAUUUCAGACUGUCCACCUGCAGCUGAAAAAUCCAACACUUUGAGUCUGCCAGCAGAGCCAUCACAGAGGAAAGCCAAGCGGGGCAGGAGGAGCUCUGCAAUCAGCUCAUUGCUACAAGAGCAGGGGAACCAGGCAGAGGAGCACCCAAAGAGCCAUGAAGUGGAGAAGGGACAGGGAGACCAAGCAGCUUGCCAGCAGGAAAACAUCAGGUCAAGCUCUGAUAGUCAGGAGGAGGAAGGAGCUGAGUUCGCCCCCUGGCAGGCUGACUUUAAUUUUGAGGAUGUGUUCAAACCUGUCGCCACUAGAGGGCAGCGCUCAGUACGCCGCAGCCUGAGGAACCAAAGCAAUGCAGAGCACAGCAGCAACAGUGCAGGUCUCGCCUGGCUGCCUCGGACCUCCCCUGACUCCAGUAAAGAGGCCCGCAGGAGGACGCGGGGCCGACGGCUCAGUGCUGCUCAGCCUGUCCAACCUCCACUCCCUGAGGAUACACAAGACAGCGCUUUGUAAGACUUUCAAUCGACAACAUGAACUGAGAUUAAAGGGAGGGAUAACUAAUUCAUUCAUCACACCUUCACACACACACGUACCCUGUUUUCUUGGGAUUAAAUGGAAUGAUUUUCCAAAGAACAGGCUGAUUGUUUUAUAUUAGCGAAAACACUGAUGCUUUUGUUCCCUGUGAAUUAUUAGAGCUGACCAGUAAUUUGUAAUUUGCCUGUUUCCCCUCUGCUAACCAAGCCGGUCAAUACGCUGUGAGCCCAAUCAUCUCUGCUGACCACGUCCCAAUCAAUAUCCAACCACUCAGCUGGUAAUCACACAGCAUCUUCAGACUCACUCUCCAAAAUCAUUGGAUUGAGCAUCUCCAAGUCAAUAUCUACUCUUUGUGGAUAGAUGAAGAUGGCUGUACUGCGUUCACCUUCUGUCACGCAAGGCUGGGCAGGAGGAGGGGGUAAUAAUAAUGGAAUAGUAAUGGGGAGAGAAAAUGUGCCUCACACACAGAAAUCUAAUUAAUAGGCUUGAACAUUUCUGUUUAUUUGUGGUCGCUGGAGUGUUGUGUUUUUUUGUUUUUUUUCUCCCAGUGAUCCAAACUGUACAUACAGGAGGUUCCCAACUUGUUGCAGUAUCUGAGCUUUAAAUAGAUGAUUUUGAUAUACUGUUAAUAAUUAUUAGUAAUAGCCUGUUGGAUUGAAAUGGUCUUAAACAUUGCACCAAAUCAAAAAUGUGGUAGUGUUUUCAGUGAGUUUCCUGGAAUGUCAGAUGUACCUUUCUUGACUCUGAUUCUGAUUAAAUGCUUUGGUUGCAAGUAAAGACACCUCAUUAGACCAAAUUGUGUUCAUUUGAACGGAUGAUUUAUACUCAUUUGGAAGGGAAUUCAUCCAGGUAAUAAAAAAGCCACUAUCUCCACAGAUGUGGUGAUCCAGCUGUGUGGUCCGCUCAGCUCAAGAACAGCAGCUUCCCAUUCACAUAAACCAGGACCUAGCGCUAUAACCGAAUGCACGGCUACAUAAAUUACCAUUCUGAUCUACAUUUUGAACACAGCCAAAUGUCUGGAAGUAAAUUGACCUCUAACCUCAGAUUCCACCAGUCACAGAUUCAAAUCAUUUCGUCUGUACCAGCUCCAUCCAUCUGUCAGAGGAACGGAGAGAGCAGUAACAAAUUGAGUUUCAAAUUCAGUUCACAUAGGAAAAUUGGCUCCCAGAAUGAUGCAUGGCUGUAAUCUAUCCAUCACGGGGUAAUUGACUCGCUCCUUUUACAUCAAGUCAGAGUCACUUGGCUGAAGGACACCAGAGGUUUCUGGCUCCCAGUGUGUGCCAAGGUCUAUUCUGUAUCCCCACUGGAAGACUGAUGGACAGAGUCAUAUAGACACUAAUAUAGUUCUGGCUUGACACAGCGGGGCGACUGUGCCAUCUGGUGGCACACCUAAGGAACUGCAGUCACUCAGCUGUGAAGUUGAUCAAGUACGAGGAGAUGAAAGUUUCAGGAAUGAAUGUUAUUGUCGGGAGUGAAUAUAAUUUAGUAGAUGCACAUUCAUUUGUGUCAAAGGGGCUUUUGUUGGGUGCUGCUGCUGAACAGGAAUCACUUCAGGCGUGCCUGUAUUUACUGUUUGUUUUGUUUUUUAAUAGCGUCAUGUGCCCAUGUAAUGACUGUGUCUUGUUCGCGGUCUGAUUUUUAAACUUGUAACUGGAA